AUGGCGUUCAACGCUGCAUCUUCGAUUAUGACUUAUGUCCAAUCCAAAGCAACCAAAGUGGCUUUCUGCAUUCUGAUAUUUAUUUGGGGUAUCUGGAUGUUCUCCGUCGAGCCAUUGAGAUCGGCGCUGAGGUCAUAUUUCAAUGCGUGGCGCAGCGUUCCGAAGAAAACCUUGAGGCACUCCAGCACAGCUUCAUCUGCACAGCUUCAUCUGCACAGCUUCAUCUGCCCAGACAUAUGGUGGGACAUUGAGAAGCUGAUAGAGUCGAUGGGCGAGCUUUGCCCUGACAUGCACAUCUCGCCGUGCCAUGAGAACCCCCGGAUAUCGAACGCAUCGUGCCCCUCACGCCACGGCACUGUAAGGAGCGGCCACAUUACAACAACACCUUCAGUACUCGACGUGACACCAGAAAAUCCGCUGCUGUUGCGCCAUUCCGAUAGCCACAUAGUGUGGGACUGCCGCAUUUCAGGCGAGCUGACCACGCCGCGCAAGGCAUUGUUUCGCGCGUUGCCGCAUAACAAGACUCUCCUAGCCAUCGGCGAGGAGAUAUUCAAUUUCGGGGGACCCCAGGGUGGGAACUACGUUGGCAUCACUUACGUGCCGAGUACGACUGGCUAA